CCUUCCCGGCUAUACGGUAGAAACCCUACAAGAUGAAGGACGGGAUCCAGGGUCAGCCUGCUUAAACUCCGCCGCUGUCCUUCAGACACACCGAAGGCGGCUGUGUCGAUCUACCCGGAUGGACUUCAUCUUGGGCGGCGUGGCGGCCUGCGGCGCCUGCCUCUUCACCAACCCGUUGGAAGUCGUCAAGACGCGGAUGCAACUUCAAGGGGAGCUGAAGAGCCGCGGCACCUACCAGGUUUACUACCGCAACGUUUUCCACGCUUUCUACACCAUCGGUAAAGUGGACGGCCUGGCCGGUCUGCAGAAAGGCCUGGUCCCCGGUCUGUUCUAUCAGUUUUUCAUGAAUGGAGUCCGGCUCGGCUCCUUCGCCAUCAUUGAGUCCGCCGGUCACAUCCACACCAACGGAAGGGUCAGCGCUCUGAAGACCAUCGCAGCAGGAGCCGCCGCUGGGGUGGUGGGCGCCGUCAUGGGCAGCCCUGUGUACCUGGUGAAGACUCAUCUGCAGAGUCAGUCUACCUCCUCCAUCGCAGUGGGACAUCAGUAUAAACACCAGGGGAUGAUCCAUGCUCUCAGGGUCAUCCACAGGGAGCACGGCAUUCUGGGGCUGUGGAGGGGCUCCAGUGCUGCUGUACCAAGGGUCAGCGUGGGCUCUGCAACCCAGCUUUCCACCUUCUCCUCCUCUAAGGAGCUAGUCAUUGACCUACAGGUUUUCCCCAAGGACAGCUGGUUGGUGGCUCUCAGUGCGGGAAUGAUCAGCAGCGUGAUGGUGGUGCUGGCCAUGACGCCUUUUGAUGUGGUCAGCACACGGCUCUACAAUCAGCCUGUUGAUCAUUUGGGAAAAGGACAGCUUUAUAAAGGAUUCACCGACUGCUUCUCCAAGACUCUGAAAAAGGAGGGAUUGACUGGACUCUACAAAGGGUUGGGAGCCUCUUAUUUCCGUCUGGGCCCACACACCAUCCUGUCUCUGUUCUUCUGGGAUGAACUACGCAAACUCUACCAAAAGCUCAGAUAACACCAAGAAACCAAAAAAAAAUAAUAUAGUAACUCAUUAAGCUCUGAGUGCAGAGGUUAAACGAGUCCUCUUUCAAAGAGGUGGAAGAAAAAGUAGAUGCUGUUGUUUUUUUUUCCAAGUAAGGAGCAAAAGUUACUUUUCACACUCCGCUGGGAAAACAGUUUCAACUUGAAUUAUGCAGGAAAUGAGGUCAGAAAUGUCUAAAAGUCUCUCAGAGGCUCAGUCAUUAACCACUAGCAUUUGCUUCCUACUGUAGCACGAUGCAUCAGGUGCUGUAAACAUGUAACCAUUCCGAAGCAUCGAAACUGCAUUUGAUCUGUGUAGAGAAAACAGCGAAGUGACUCUCAUACAGUCCGAUCAGAUCGGCCACAGAUGAAAAGGCUCCGUCGGACCUUCUAAAGCUUUAAUUACUGAGGGGUCGAUCGUCACAUCAGUGCACAUGGCGCUUGUUUAACCGGAAUGCAUACAAGUUUUUAAAAAGUGAAGAUCUGAAUCUUCCUGAAGAAUUUAGGAUGAGGCAAGAAUAAGAUGGAAUUGUCCUUUUAAAGUCAAAUGAAAAAGAAACUCCUCUAUAAACUCAAAUCUGUAGAAACGUUGUCAGCAGCAAAAAAAAAAAGGGGAAUCUUAGUACUGCUGUGGCACCUCCCCGUGGGAAGUAAAACUUUAAAACAGGAACUGAGAUUAAAAGAUUUUUACAAACUCA